GAGCAUGUGCCUCCAUGUGCUUUGUGCCUCCAUUAUCCUCCAUCAAUAUCAUCAUCCAUCAUACGUUUUCAAUAUUCUUCUCCCCACCUACCUAAUACAUCCAUUCUUCCAAUCUUUCAUAAGUUUUUUCCUUUCACAAUUGCCAGGAAAGAUCUUCUGACACUUAGAUUCUUCCUGUCAGAGCCCAGAGCCCCCCCUGCUAAUCAUACCCCAAAGGGUUUAUAGGACUUCUGCCUGCUUCUCUCUGAUAGCUCUUUGCUGCAUAGAAUAGACAGUAGCAAGAAAUAUAUUGCAAUUUCUCUGAAUAAUCUGAAUCUUCAACUGCAAGAAACGUUUUCUGCAAGAGAUUUUUAUCUUUCCCUGCACUGCAUGUUGAAUAAUCUGAAUCUUUACAUUGUUGUGGGCGGCUGGCAGCGACAUAUGGCGCGGCAGUUGAGUGAGGAUGUCACGGGUUCGAGUCACGGGUUGGGUUCCCUUUUGUUGAAACAAAUGUAGGAAGAAGAGGGAAAAAGGUGAGGUCGUUUUUUAAAGGACUGAAAAUUCGUCUCAUAUUUCAACUGGUAAGAUUCGAUCUUUGGACCUUUUGAGCUUUGUAAGGCAUGGAUUCAAGUGGAGAUUCGAACUUUCGGCAGCUUUAUCUGCAACGCCUUGUUGGAGCGCUGAAUGCCUUGAACAGGCCCGGUAUCAGAGCUCCAGGUAAUGAAGAUGAGGUCGCGGGUUCGAGUCGCAACAUAAAGCUUGCAGCCGAUGUAUCCCUCGCGCUAACUGCAAAUCGCACGGCCUGGAGCCGUGCCCUCCUGAAUAGAAUUUCAAGCGAUGAGAGAAGCCGGCCUGCUCUGAGAAAAAUUCUGGGGCCCAAGCAUUUCCAAGCGUUGAUAAUUGCUCAGAGGGCCAGAAAACGAUCUCGUUUGAAGUUGCAGUCUAAGAUGAAACAAGCUUCUCGUGGGCAGAGAAGCGAAGAUGGCUUAUCUUUGUAUAGAUGUUUCUGUUCCAAGAGAUUGGAUCCUGCGACCUCAUCUGAAGCAAGUCUUGUUAAGAAGCGUAAGAGGAAGCUGCAAAGCCUGGUUCCAGGUGGGACAUCAAUGGACACCUUUUCCUUGCUUGAUGAAACAGCACACUAUAUCACAUCUCUUACAACACAGGUAGAAGUCCUCCAAUCCUUAGUAGAUUCUGUCAAUAAUAACCAACACCCAGAUUGAAAAAUAUUCUGCUCACAAAGAUCCCAAAGAAAUGUUUCCCAUGGAUUGGGAGUAUACUUCUCUCAAGUUUUUUAUUGCUUUUUUAAGGCAUCCUAAAAUGGCCUCUUUUUAUUGCUUCUGAAGGCAUCCAAAAAUGCCAUUUUUUACUGCCAACAUCUGCACCUUAUUCUUGAAUUCAGGUACUUUGUCGGCUAAA